UUACGCAAAAUUAUAAAAAAUUUUAAAAUUUAUAGUAAGCAUUGAAAUGCAUAAAACUUCGCAUGACUAUAUUAUUGUAUUUCUUACUGCCUUCGAUUAAUAAUAAUUUAUGGUCAAAAGAAAAAAGAAAAAAAAUUGCGCGAUUGCUUCGAGGCUAACCAACGUAACUCAGCGAAAGAUAGAAAGGCCCGAAUUAAAUAUUUUCUAACCAAAAAAAACCAAAAAAAAAAAGUUGAUCACCUUCUCCAAUUCUUCAUUCUUGAAAUUGAUAUCUUCAUUAAUUUUAAUUCUUUCUCCCAUAAACCCUAAUUUUUCCUCAAUCACACUCAUAAAAUCCCCAAUUUCUCAAUUCCAAUUGAUUUUGUUGAAAGAUGGCGACAAGAAAUCGAACAACACUGUUCAGAAAGCAUAGAGAUGCAAUUAAAGCAGUUAAAAUGCCGGAUUCGUCGUAUAUGGGCGGCGUUGGUGGCGGCGGAAGUGGUGGUCCGGUGAUCGAGAUGACUUCACUCUUAAAUUCGAAUGCAUCUUCUUCUUCUUACACUCCCCUUAAUACUGAAGAUCCUUCUACUUCCAGCCGGGACGCAUUAACAGUGGGUCUACCACCAGCAUGGGUAGACAUUGCAGAAGAGAUAACUGCAAAUAUUCAACGUGCUAGACUCAAAAUGGCAGAGCUAGUGAAGGCUCAUUCCAAGGCUUUAAUGCCAUCCUUUGAAGAUGGUAGGGAAGAUCAGCGUCUGAUUGAAGGCCUUACCUUAGAUAUUACUGAUAUACUGAGGAGAUCAGAGAAAAGAUUGAAGGAACUUUCAGCACGCGGCCCUUCUGAGGAUUCUGGUGUUCGAAAAAAUGUACAGCGUUCCCUUGCUACAGAUCUUCAGAACCUUUCUGUUGAACUUCGUAAGAAGCAGUCAACAUAUUUGAAGCGACUUAGGCAACAGAAAGAGGGAACUGAUGGUGUUGACUUGGAAAUGAACUUAAAUGGGAACAUGCUGAAAGACGAUGAGGAUGAAUUCAGUGACAUGGGUCUUGACAAUCAUCAAAUUUCUGAGUUCAAAAAAAGUGAUCAUUUGACAGCAGAAAGGGAAAGAGAGAUCACUCAGGUUGUGGAAUCUGUAAAUGAACUUGCUCAGAUCAUGAAAGACCUAUCAGUUCUUGUGAUUGACCAGGGUACUAUUGUUGAUCGGAUAGAUUACAACAUUCAGAAUGUUGCAACAUCAGUCGAGGAGGGCUUCAAACAGCUUCAGAAAGCGGACAGGUCACAAAAGGGGGGUAUGGCACGGUGCGCAACAAUUCUCAUUAUUAUGUGUUUUGUUAUGUUGGUGCUUCUUGUUCUAAAAGAGAUAAUAUUCUAGCCAAUUAGAAACUUUUCUCAUGUGUCUGCUAGCACUGGCAUGGAAUAUCUUAGCUAAAUGUCACUGACGUUCAGUGAGAUCAAGAAAUCUGUUCAUUGUAAUUACCUUGGGAACCACAGAUACAAGCACUGCAUAGAUUAUUUUCUGGGUUCUGAUGCAGGGAUGGUGACACGAAAACCUCAUUUUCUGAUGAUUUUGGAUAAUCGCUAUAGAAACAAUUUUUGUAACAAUGUUCAGCGGGGUAUGAACUCCCCAUUGUAUAUGAUCCUUGAUCGGUAGUGUUCUUGAUUAUUAUUGGAAUGUUAGAAGGAACAUCUUCGUCGGUGGCGAGGUGUUGCUUUUGUAUCAGUUAGCAUGAAUGUGCAAGCUAGUUUAGUGAAUCUAUAGACUUUCAGGAAAUGUAUUCCGUAUACAUGUAAAUCUUUUUGCGAAAACAUAUUAUUUUGGUGUCUGGUUUGUAUGAAGCAUGAUAUGAGGAAGAGAGUUUAAAGUUCA